GAUUUCCUCUUACUAAUUGACCGUUGCCAAUAUCCACUGGGCAAAUAAAACCCCCAGCUCAACCACAUACUUCCUCAUCUCCAACUAUGGAAAGAAACUGUUAAUCUUCGAUCCAAGAUCGUCAUGAAUCUUGAUUCUCUCGAAUCUUGAUCAAAAUCCUCGAUAUCUGCUUUGGGUUUUCUUUUGUUUUCGAUUAUCUUUCUUCUAACAGCUCUGUUUUGAUUAUCAUGGCUGCUCUAGCACCGGGAAUUCUUUUGAAGCUCCUUAAUGGGAUGAACACAGGGACGAAACCCACCAGCGAGCACCGGAAUUCGCUCUUACAGGUGACUGAUAUAGUCCCGGCCGAUCUCGACGAGAAGAGUCUCUGGCCAACUCAAGGCUUUUUCAUUAAAGUAUCGGAUUCUUCUCACUCAAUUUACGCUAGUCUUCCUUCUGAACAAGAUGAUAUUGUUCUUAGUAAUAAAAUGCAGCUUGGUCAGUUCAUUUACGUUGACCAUUUGGAGCCAGGGUCUCCGGUUCCGAUCAUUAAAGGGGCUAAACCACUCCCUGGUCGACACCCAUUUAUGGGGACACCAGAACCAUUGAUGGGUCUUAGAGAGAGAGGUGAGCAAAAGUCUAAUUCAAAGGCUUCAGCUUCAUCAAGAAGGGGUUCUUGGGGAUUAGGCAAAAGUGGAGUAGAAGAUGGGAUUUCAUCACCCUUUGUUCUAAAGCCUGUUCCUUUAGAUUUCGACCAGUGUACACCGGUGAAAGAGAGGCAGGCGAGAGCUUUGAGUAGUCAUCCAAUGUCUCCAAUGAUCAGAGGAAGAGCAGGAAAGGAUGGCGGCAACUCAAGUGCUACCGGAAUUCGGUGUUCUUAUGGUGGUGGAAUUUUGGGUAAGAUGCUUGAUUCUAAAGGUGAAAGUCCAGCAUUGUUAAGGAAAAGUUGUGUUGUUCCUUCUUCUAAUGGGAAAUUUCCAAGAAGCAGAAGUGUCUGCGAAAGAGAGCCAAGAAUUCCAAUUAGUCCCUUCAACUCAGCUGAUAUAAAAAGCUCAACUCCUCCACCAAGAUUGCGAAAUACAAAAAUAGCAACUCAACUCAACAUGGCUGGAGAGUCUCAAAACUCAUCAUCCAACACAAAAUCGUCUAAUCAGCCACAGCAUGUUAAUAACAUAUCACCUGAUAAUAAUAAAAGCACAUGCCUAUCUAUGAACUUGCCAGGAAAACUUAGCAUUUUGGGCAAGGAAGCUGUUCAGCAAAGAGAAAUGGCUCAGAAGAUUGCUCUUCAAGCACUAAGAGAUGCUUCAGCAACUGAGGCCUUAGUUAGAUCUCUCAAGAUGUUCUCUAACUUGACCAAAUCAGCAAAAGCAGAGAACCCAUCAGCCUGCUUCGAUAAGUUUCUUGAAUUCCAUCAUCAAAUUGCUCAAGCAGUAGCUGAAAUGGUGUCACUACAAGCUGCCACUUCAACUGAAAUGUCCCAAAACUCUGUUGGGAUUAAAAGGAAAGACAAGGAAGAAGACAUCAACCCUUCUGUUUUAAACGAAAUAACACACAAUUCUGCUAACCACACCGAGUUAAACUCAUCAAAAAGGCGGUCAGCGUUGCACAAAUCAGUUACAGGCAAUUCUGAGAAGAGUGAAGAAAAAACAGCUACUGCCAGUGGCAUUGGAAAGCUCCUGAGAUCUAGCAGUGUGAAAAAAGCUUCUUCAGAGAGAAAAACAUGUUCUUCCUCUACCCCACUUGGAAAAUUGUCUCUUGACUCCAUUGCUGAGAAUGAUGAAAACAGCAAACCGGGUUCUUCUUCUUCUUCAUGUGGCUUAAGCAAUACAACCAUAAAAUUGGGUAAACAGAUUGAAACAGAAUCUGGGAACUGGUUUAUGGAGUUCUUAGAGAAGGCUUUAGAAACUGGUUUGAAGAAACAGAAAGGGAAAAAAUCAGCAGAUGGGGAAGCUCAGAAAGUUCCUCAGUCUUUGAUACUUAAGGUCAUUAAUUGGAUUGAGGUAGAACAAAGUGAUAGUAGUAAGAGGCCAGUACAUCCUAAAGCUGCACAAAUAGCUCGAAAGCUCAGAAUCAAGAUGAAGAAUCCUUAAGAAUAGGAAUAACAUUUUCGAUUAGAUUUACAUUUUUAUAUACGUUGAUUAUUUGUAAUGAGUUUAUGGAGUUUCUGUGUGUGUUGUUACGCAUUAUUUGUUUGAUAAUGUCCACGAAAUAUAUAAAUAUCUAAAUUUGUUUGCCGUUUGAAAUUAA